GUAGCGUCGCUAGCCGUGCUCCCCAGUGUGCUCCCCGCCCCCUGCCGCGGAGCCUCCCGGCUCCCCUCCCCACCCCACCUGCGGGCUGUGGCUCUCCGCGGGAGAUCUCACCGUUCUGGAGACAGGGCUUGCUCUCUCUCAUUGGAGACUGGAAGGACGGGCUGUCUGGGCCUUAGGAAAGGCCCAUGCUGUAUAAGGCAUGGGGAAAGGAAAGGAAGAAAGGCAACGAACAAGGAGCGCUUCUAACUGCCGCUUCCUGUCAGCUGCAGGCCUCCCUUCCUAAGUUGGGCUAAGGUUUCCUCUCCAUGGGCUGGGGAGGGGUCGCCAGUAGGCCUCGGCGGGUCCUCUUUGGCUCGGACAGCGGUUCUCACGAAGGGUCCUGGGCCGGCAUCAUCAGUUUCACCUGGGAACCGGUUAGAAAAGCAAAUUCCCUCGGCCCCACCCAGACCCACGCCAAAGGCAGCUGUGGAGUGGGGCGCAGCGAUGCGCACAUUAACAGCCCUCCAGGCUUCUUAGCCCGACCUUGGGCAGCAGCCCUCCGGCCAGCGGGGAUGAGGUUGCGCUGCGCUCCGGGAGCGCCAAUGGCGUGACUGGCCCCGCGCGAAGCAGCGACAGUAAGGCUGAGUGGGGGGAGCUGGGACCUAAGCCGCGCGCACACCCCUUUCUCUGCGCCUGGUGGAGGUGCACAGAGGCUUUUGAGUUAGGCCCAAGCGCAGCCAGGUGACCUCCCCGCGGGCUUUCAAGCCUGGGCUCGGUGGACAGCUCCCUCUCGCGUGAGUCCCGCGGUCCUCUCCGCGCCCGGCCGAGCCCCGGGCUGCGCGCCCCGCUGGGAGGUGGGUACUAGUCCUCCAGGAGUUGGCGGUGAGCCCUUGACCGUGGCGGACGCUCUCCAGCCGCGAGCGACGCCUCAGUAUCUGCCGAUGCCUGCCGGCCUCUGGCAUCCUCCAGUCGAGGGUCAGGGUCAGGGAGCAAGGCCUCACGCGGGCGCCCUCCUUGCAGCUGCCCGGCCACCCUGCUUCUCCGCCCGGAGCCAUGAAUCUCAGUAGCGCCAGCAGCACGGAGGAAAAGGCAGUGACGACCGUGCUCUGGGGCUGCGAACUCAGUCAGGAGAGGCGGACUUGGACCUUCAGACCCCAGCUGGAGGGGAAGCAGAACUGCAGGCUGUUGCUUCAUACGAUUUGCUUGGGAGAGAAAGCCAAAGAAGAGAUGCAUCGCGUGGAGAUCCUGCCCCCAGCAAACCAGGAGGACAAGAAGAUGCAGCCAGUCACCAUUGCCUCGCUCCAGGCCUCAGUCCUCCCCAUGGUCACCAUGGUAGGAGUGCAGCUUUCUCCCCCAGUUACUUUCCAGCUCCGGGCUGGCUCAGGACCUGUGUUCCUCUGUGGCCAGGAACGUUAUGAAGCAUCAGACCUAACCUGGGAGGAGGAGGAGGAGGAAGAAGGGGAGGAGGAGGAAGAAGAGGAGGAAGAUGAUGAGGAUGAGGAUGCAGAUGUAUCUCUGGAGGAGGAAAGCCCUGUCAAACAAGUCAAAAGGCUGGUGCCCCAGAAGCAGACGAGCGUGGCUAAGAAAAAAAAGCUGGAAAAAGAACAAGAGGAAACAAGAGCCAGCGUUAGAGACAAGAGCCCUGCGAAAAAGGCCAAAGCCACAGCCAGACCCAAGAAGCCAGGAUUCAAGAAAUGAGGGGCCACGCUUUGGGGGCCACGGUGCAAAGUGGGCCUUCCCUGGACUGUGCUGCGGGCACAGGGUGCCCCUGCCCGGCCCCUCCAUCUGUGUCUCAAUGUGACAGGGGUAUUGUAGGGGCAACAUGAGAGCCCCUCACCCCCAACUCUCCGCUUUCAGGAGACCCCCAGUGAAGAGCCCCACCUCAGGGUCACAAUAAAGUUGCCUAGUCAGGA